AUGGAGUCAGACGAAAUCACAGUGCACCUGAAUCAGAACGAGAGGAGUUCAUUCAGACAGAGUUCAGAGGACAUCAUCACUGAGACAGCACUAGGGAGCAAUGGUCUCCUGACAAUCAGAUUCAGUCGACCUGUUUCAAUUCGAAAUGUUGUUCUACUGAAAGUGUACGGUGGAGUCAGAAGAGUAGAGGCCCUUCUGAGUGAGAGCCAGAUAGAGGCCAAAUACGUCUUCAAGCACAAUCUGCCUCUUGACGCCUACCAGAUGCUCUAUCGGACCACAAUGGCCCAUGCUGGAAAGGGCAGCACCCUUCUGGUUGAGUUCAUCAUUCGACCUGGUGACGUGGCUGCAAUUGGGUCAGUGGCUGAGUACAGGAGGAUGACAACAAGAGAGAAGCUUCAUUUUCUGUACAGUGCCUCAGCCACUGACAGAAUGGCUGUCGACCUAAACAAGUGCAAUCUACGUCUAAAUACGAACUACGGGCUGUCAAUUGAGUGCUACGACUUCGAGUUGCAGCUCCAGUACAUUGCAGAGAUAGACAAGUUCAUUGUUUGCCACAGCAGCAUUCAGGAAGGGAAUCAGGCUACGGGAACACGUCACGAAGGAGGUGGAAUCCAAAACAAGGCCGUGUUUUCAAUUCGCGACUAUUUGGAUGCCACUGUUUCAGACAUGACACGAUCGGAUUCAACUACGUCGACGAAUGAGAUGGAGACGCUCUCUGAGCUGACGACGGCAGAGUCAACGCAGCUUGAGACUGAGCCAGAUGAGAUCAGUUCGAUGGAAGAGAGCAGCUGUGAGAAGAUGACUGAGAUUGUGGCACAGGAGAAGCCAUUUAAAAUAGCAAUUGGAGGAGUGGAUGUUAAGGCUGAGUUGAAUGAGAAAUGUGAGUUGAAUGAGAACAGCAACACCGAUGUGGUCAAACUGCCAUCUGCCCAGGUCUCACUAACUACCCCUAAGAUACAACAGGUGUUGGAGAGAUACCAUGCGAGGCAGAAGAAUAAGCCAAGAAGAAGGGUGAUUGUUGAGGAAUCGAGUGAAUGUGUGCAGAUAUGCAGUAGGGUGGUAAAACAGAAGAAGCAGCGACUAUACAACCCAGUGAAUCAGAACAAGUACGCGUAUUAUGCCAAAAAGCAGGCAGUGAAACUGAUUACUAUUGUAUGGUGGGUGUAUUUUGUAGCAUUCUUUCUGGUACCAGGAAUAAGGCAGAAGACAGCUGGAAUGGUAGAAGAUGCAUUACAAGGGGGGAUUGUAUUGUAUCAGAAGAGUAAGAGAAUACACAGAGAUCUGACUGAAUUCAUCAAAGAGAAAAGAGAGAGGAAAGAGAGGGUAGUAGAGGUAGUAGAAGAAAAGGUAGAAGAAGAUGUAGUAAGUGAAGUAGUAGAAAAUACAGUAAGUGAAGUAGUAGAAGAGACAUUAGAACCACUUGAACUACCUGAAACAUCUGAACUACCUGAACUACCUGAAACAUCUGAAAUACCUGAAAUACCUGAAGCACCUACUCAACCUGAACUACCUGAGCCACUUAGUCAACCUAGUCAACCUACUCAACCUGAAUCAACUAUUUUAUCACCUACUCAUCAAUCUGAUUCAGCUGGAUGGAUGAUACUCUCUGUUUGUGUGAUAAUUCCAGCACUGGCCUACAACUGCAUGCGUGAUAUCAGGAGAAUAAAACUGAGACAGGCAGCAGGAUACUAUGAUAUCAGGGCGAGUAAAUAUUAA